AUGUCUAUCAAAAAACUCUAUGGGGUUCCCGCAAUUGAUUUUGUAAAAAAGUUUGUUGAUAAAUAUAAAAGUGAAAUCGAUUCAGAUUUAAAAUUUAUAAUCGGUUGGUAUACCGUAAAUAAAAGUCGUAACUUGCAUGUAUUAAUUUUAUAUGAAACAAUGUCUGAAGAAUCUGCUGCAUCAAUCCUCUUACUUUCAAAAUGCGAUUUCGACCCACUGAGACGACAGAAAAAUCCAAAUAUUCUGGAUUUUGUGUAUACAAUUCAAUCAAGACGAAGGAAGGGAUAUGCUGCUCAACUUGUUACAAAAGCUCAACAGGAUUUUCAAUUCACGGUAUUCUGCAAAAAUGACGAGACAGCCAACUUGUUUGCAAAAUUGAAAUGUAUAAAAAAUGAUUCUUUGACCAAAUCGACUAAUUUAGAUGUAUUCCGUUGGGACAUGGCACGUAAAAAUUAA